GCGCGCGCACACACACACAUCAGCAAGCGCUCUCACACACCGUCUCGCUUGUUUUCUUCCCCAGCGCUGGGUGAGAGGUGUCAGCAUCAGCACCGCAGCCCGGAGACAUAACCUGCAGCCGCACGUUUUACCAGCGUUAGGAAGCAAAACCUACAACGCGCAUCAUUUUGGCAACCGAAAAUUGCAGUAACAAAAUUUCCCUUUGCGUUAUCACCUGUCUCCGCGGGAAGAAGGCCACUCCAUGACAGUCUCGCAUCGCGCACAACGUCUUUGCGCUUUCCACGGCAGCGGCGUCUCAUUUCGCGCCGCUCAAAUACUACUAUAAGACGGCCCACAAUAUUUGGUUUUAUUGAAUACGUCGCGUUGCACCUUGCUAUGAUCGCAGAGCUUCAUGGAAUGGCUCGCUGGGGAUUGUGUGGGGUUUUAUUUGGGCUGCUGAGGCUCGGCUCGGCUUGUCCUGUAUCGUGCUCCUGCAGUGCCUCGAGGAUCUCAUGUAUCGAUCAAGAACCAGGUAUUGAGGAUUUCCCCGUGUUGGUGCCGGAGUCUGACAUGGAAAACAUCACGGACAUAUAUAUCACAAAUCAACAAAGGCUAUUUACAAUCACUGAGGACCAUUUGAAGUUCUACUCAAAUCUCAGGAAUUUAACAGUGACCAACAGUCAGCUGACUUCUGUAUCUACAAUGGCUUUUUUUAACAACUCCAAACUUCAAUAUCUGAAUCUGAGAGACAAUAACUUAUCAACACUCUCAUGGAUGGCCACUCGUAAUGCCAACAUGUCAACUUUGUUGCUGUCUGGGAACCCUUUGCAAUGUGCAUGUGAGAACAUCUGGAUUAAAACGUGGUUGGAUGAGAGUGAGAGAGAGGGGUUGCAGUGUCUACAGGAGGGAGGAGAAGCCGAAGCCCUCUCUGGACUCACUCUGCCUUCAUGUGAGCACCCACAUGUGGAGGUUAACCCUGUGGUUGUCACUCAGAUGGCGGGAAGCGAUGCUAUAGUAAUAUGUAAUGUGUCCGGAGCCCCGCCCCCUGAGCUUUCCUGGAGCCUAAAUUCAAGUGAACACCCUCCUUUAAUAACCAACUAUGAGGUCAGCCAAAUGGGGCUCCAGUCAGUGUUGACUCUAAGCGGACUUUCACCUGAUGACAACGGCAGAGAGCUCACCUGUAGCGCAGAGAACAUUGUGGGCCAUAAAGAUGCUUCAGUCGUUCUCAAUAUUCUUUGUAAGGAUUUAUGGUUUAUUAUGUGGAAUUGCUUUAUUAAAUUUCUAUAAGCAGUAUUUUUUUUCAAAAUGAUUUUAUUUUUAAAA